CCGAGAUACAUAGCUAAGACUCUAAAGGAGGAAGUGGCGGUGUGUGUUUAGAAGUUGGAGCUUUACAGAGAGCUGAGCCCUCCCCAGUGUGUGUGUGUGUGUGUGUGUGUGUGUGUGUGUGUGUGUGUGUGUGUGUGUGUGUGUGUGUGUGUGUGUGUGUGUAUGACAGGGAUUGAGAGAGAGAGAGAGAGAGAGAGAGAGAGAGAAUCUCGGCCGGAGCGAACAUGGCGGAGCGGAAUGGGAUGCAUUCAAGCGCCGAAGGAAAGUUGCUGCUUUAAUCCGAGCCGCAUCGCUUUAUCUGCUCUGAUCGCGGAUGUUUACGCGAUGAUAUCAGGUCAGCACUUCCCUUAAAAGCAAAGGCAGGUGCUGUGCAUCCUUAGCUUCUUCAAUGAAUCUAUUGUUCAAACAGAUGAAUGACCCACCAAAGAAAUACAGAUGAAAAAGCAAGACACAUCCCAUGUACUGAUCUGUCGCCAUCUGGAGUCUGGGGCAAUAUCAUAAACCUGUUUUCUAUAUCCAGAGAAAAAGAAAGGAGGAGCGGCGAGCCUGUCGCUAGCUAUGGGUGCCAUGGUCACCUAGACACAAUGGCAGUGUCUUAGGAAAACUCUGGUUGUUCUUCAUCUUCAAGAUCUUAAGGUGCUUUCCCUGCAAUCCUGGCCCUAAAAGCUAUGGCUGGUGUGAGGAAGUUGACUCGCGCUGUGCGCCAGCAGGGACUCCACCGCCUAGUUCUGGCUCUUAUACUUUUCUGCCUGCUUUCCAUGGCUUACCUGGCCUACCAUGUCAGUGGUGGCCCUAAGAUCAAAGAAGCCCCUCCUUUGCCACUAGGAGAAUGUGUGACUGCGGCUCCGAUCACUGUUAGCCAGCGGGUUCCUCUGUUCAUGCCCUCCGAGCUGCGGCAUCGGUGGCAGUCAUCAAGGAAGCUAGACACUACACGCAUUGAACCUAUGGUGCUGCUGUUCAUAGAAAGCAUUUACUCCCAGUUGGGCCAGGAGAUUGUGGCCAUCUUGGAGUCUAGCCGCUUUAGGUACCACACUGAAAUUGCUCCGGGCAAAGGUGACAUGCCGGCAUUGGCCUGGCGGGGCAAAGGGCGUUACGUUUUAAUCAUCUAUGAAAAUCUGCUAAAGUAUGUCAACCUGGACUCCUGGAACCGACAGCUGUUGGAUAAGUACUGCCAAGACUACGGUGUUGGAAUCAUUGGUUUCUACCGUGCCAAUGAAAACUCUCCAUCUAAUGCCCAGCUCAGAGGAUUUCCACUUUUUCUGCGCUCCAACCUUCCACUGUGGGACUAUCGGAUCAACCCGGCUGCUCCUCUACUCUACAUCACCCGGCCCAGUGAACUAGAACCCGGCCCACUCCCUGCUGAUAACUGGACCACCUUCUCGUCAAACCACAGCACCUAUGAACCUGUACUGCUGGCCAGCCCCAGGCCUGCUGAGCUGUCAACACAUUCCAUUCUGCAGCGAGUGCUGUUAGCUACUGUAACACAAGACCUGGGUCUUCACGACGGGAUCCAGCGUGUGCUCUUUGGUGCAAGUCUGUCCUUCUGGCUGCACAAACUGCUGUUUGUGGAUGCGGUUGGCUAUUUGACAGGCAGGAGGCUCAGCCUAUCACUGGACAGAUUCCUGCUUGUAGAUGUGGAUGACAUCUUUGUCGGGAAGGAAGGGACACGCAUGAAGGUGGCUGAUGUUGAGGCUCUGCUUCACACACAGACCAAGCUCCGCGUUCUGGUCCCCAAUUUCACGUUCAACUUGGGCUUCUCCGGAAAGUUCUUCCAUACAGGUACGGACGAGGAGGACGAAGGUGACAACACCUUGCUCAGACACAGGCAGGAGUUCUGGUGGUUUCCUCACAUGUGGAGUCACAUGCAGCCACAUCUCUUUCAUAACGUCAGCGUGCUUGCAGAUCAGAUGAAACUCAAUAAGCAGUUUGCUCAGGAACAUGGCAUCCCCACAGACAUGGGCUACGCUGUUGCCCCCCACCACUCGGGUGUUUACCCAGUACACAGCCAGCUAUACCAGGCCUGGAAGAGUGUGUGGGGCAUUUCAGUGACCAGUACAGAGGAAUAUCCUCACCUCAGACCUGCCCGCUUUCGCAGGGGCUUUAUUCACAGCGGCAUAAAGGUUCUUCCACGGCAGACAUGUGGGCUCUUUACACACACUAUCUUCUAUAAAGAUUACCCAGGAGGCCCUCAGGAACUGGACAAAAGCAUUCGGGGUGGAGAGCUGUUCCUUACUGUGCUUCUCAAUCCGGUCAGUAUUUUCAUGACCCACCUGUCUAACUACGGGAACGAUCGCUUGGGUCUGUACACUUUUGAGUCUCUGGUAAAGUUUGUGCAGUGCUGGACUCGCCUGCGCUUACAAACUUUGCCCCCAGUGCGGCUGGCUGAGAAAUACUUCCACAUCUUCCCUGAUGAGAGAGACCCCCUGUGGCAGCAGAAUCCAUGUCAUGAUAAGAGGCAUAAAGACAUCUGGUCGAAAGAGAAGACCUGUGAUAGACUGCCAAAGUUUCUGGUUAUUGGUCCUCAGAAAACAGGGUCAACUGCUCUACAUGCAUUUCUUUCCCUCCAUCCUGCCAUCACUGCCAGUUCCUUCAGCCCCGUCACCUUCGAGGAAGUGCACUUCUUCAGUGGACAAAACUACCUGCGUGGAAUUGACUGGUACAUGGACUUUUUCCCAGUGCCCUCUAAUGUGAGCACAGACUUUCUAUUUGAGAAGAGUGCUAAUUACUUUGACAGCGAAGUUGUCCCAAAGAGAGCCGCAGCGCUGCUGCCCAGAGCCAAAAUCUUAACCAUCCUCAUCAACCCAGCCGACAGAGCAUAUUCCUGGUAUCAGCAUCAGAGGGCUCACCAGGAUCCUGUGGCUCUGAACUACACAUUCCAACAGGUGAUCUCUGCAGGUUCUUCCUCUCCUGCAGCACUGCUCACUCUGCAGCACCGCUGCCUACAUCCAGGAUACUACAGCAGCCAUUUAGAGCACUGGCUCCAUUACUAUCAGCCCAGUCAGCUUUUGAUCGUCGAUGGACUCCGGUUGCGGGCCAAGCCGGUGCAAGUGAUGGACAGUGUGCAGAAGUUUCUGGGUGUUACACCUUUCAACUAUACUCAGGCGCUCAUGUUUGAUGAGAGUAAAGGCUUCUGGUGUCAGAGAAUGGAUGCCGGUCGAACACGCUGCCUGGGCAAGAGCAAAGGCAGGAAAUAUCCCGAUAUGAGCCCCAAGUCGCGGGCCUUUCUGUCGGAGCAUUACAGAGAGCAGAACGUGGAGCUGUUGAGACUGUUGAAGCGCUUGGGACAGCCACUGCCCAGCUGGCUCCAAGACGAGCUCCACAACACCAGCUGGAGCUGAAACCAAGAAGCACCACGAGGAAAAUAUCUAUACCCAUAUCGAACCCUGCUCCACCACCGGAGCACGCAGGGCCGCGGCACCGAGGACAUCCAGGACUGUGGACAUUCAAUUCUUCCCGCGUCCCAACACACACACUGCAGGUCCAACCAAGACAAAUGGACAAACUGGCGUGUGUGUUAGAGCUCGAGCCCGGCUUUAAAAGCGAGAGGAGAAUCAGAGUUUGUACAUUUUGAGGAAGACUGGACAUGUAUUUAUGUAUUGGCAAGAUAACGACAUAAGAGCUACAGUAGUUAGUUGUAUUUUAGAUAACUGACCGACGAGCUCAUUGUUUGCAUUGUGGGAAAUAUUUCACAAUGUAUCCUUCAGCUAUUGAGGCGAAUGCACAGGGUUUCAGAAAGGAGAGAAACACUAAGUUAAGUGGACGUCAAGAAAUUCACAGGCUGCUCAUGGUGAUCUUUGAUUCUGCCAAGCUAGAGACGUAUUUGUGUAUGUCGUCAUCUCAGAUCCCAGACGUUUUAGGUCAUCCUUAAAAAUAUUUCGGUUUGCAGUAACAGUAAAUAAUAAUAAUAAAAAAAGGGUCAGUAGGUAGGACUAUAUAUUUUUUUUUUUCCAAGUUUCAAUGUAAAAAAAAAAAAAAAGAAGUACAAUUUUGGUGACGGUGAUUACGUAGGUAUGACUUUAAACAAAUUAGCAUAUCGUGACGUCACUGACCGGGUCUUCAACCCGUUGCCUUCGGACGCAUCGUCGCAAACCUUAUUUCGAUGCAGGAUAUAUAGACCACAAACAAAUUGAAUUCUUUGUCAAAAACAUGUUUAUUCGAGUCAGUCGACACGGUCACGGUUAGACUAGACAGGGGAAGGGAUGGGAAAAGAUCUGGGCACAGUUUGUCCACAACUUCGUGCCAAGGUAAAGCGGUGUCGAGCUGUUUUUAUGAAUUGUUUAGAUGUAUUAUGGCGCCCGAACCCGUAUGACUUUGAACGGCGACGGCGAAUAUUUUGUUUACUGCAGCCACAGCCAUCGUCACCGAGCGCGAACCGUCGUCUCUGACAGCGAACGAGACGAAGCGAACGCACAGGCCGUAGUGUGACGUCCUGUAACCGAUAGUGUAAACAAAGAUGACGUCACAGGUUUUUAUUUAAAAGAAAGGACGUAGCCUUCGGUUGUAUGUAGGCCUAGGCAAUUUAUAUAUUUACAGUACUUACUGAAAUAUCAUUAGUAUUAUUUUAUUGCUUUUGUAUUAGUUGUUUGAAGAGGAAAAUAAAAAAAAGAAUCGGUCGGUCUUAAUGCAAAUUUACAACCGGAAAGUCGGUCAGACUUGAAAAUCGAGUCGGUCCUAAAUCGACAGGGUGGGUCGGGUUACGGCAAACAAGAACAUUUUUAAGGAUGGCCUUUUGCUGAUGUUUAAAAUUCACAAUUUGUAAAUGUCAGAAAUAGAUUCUGGCUCAGCUUCAUACCACUGAACUAAAAACAUUCCAGGGCCAGAGUUAGAGGCUUUUGCACUUUUCAACAUGUUUUAUAUUGGAUUUUAUCAAACGAAAUUAAGUAGGAAUAAUUAAACUCAAAACUAGUUGAUCUUUGGGAUCGGUGACAGUAGCAUGUUUCCCAGACUGAUUAAAGGUCACAGGCAGCUGCACUAGCGACUGGAUCACAUGACCGUGUAUGAAGAGUGUGAAACCUGUGCUCAUGACCAGAUAUGGGUUUGUUUAAUGUAAUCAGGUCAGCAGUGUUUGUGACACCAGUUGCCAACUCUGUCUGAGUGAGGGAACUUUGCCAAAAACCAGAUGUUUUGUGACUGAGAGACUUGCCAGUGAGUGUGUGUGUGUGUGUGUGUGAGUCUGUAUGUAUGAUCGUGUUUGUGCAUAUAAGUAAACGUUAGUUGAAGUGGCUGUACUGUACAUCAUCUCUAGUAUAUUCUGUUGUCUUCUUUGGUCAACUUGAAAAUCAGGUAAAAACGCACAUCUGCAAAUAAAUGCACAAGUUAAAGACA